AUGGGGCAGACUGUAACCACCCCUUUAAGCCUCACUCUAGAUCACUGGAAAGAAGUCGCCAGCCGGGCACACAAUCUUCCGGUCAAAGUCAGAAGAUGAAGAUGGGUCACCUUCUGCUCCUCAGAGUGGCCGGCUUUCAACGUCGGGUGGCCCAGGAACGGAACUUUUAAUAUUGAUAUUAUCUUGCAGGUGAAGGCCCUGGUCUUCCAGCCAGGACCCAAUGGACACCUCGAUCAGGUGCCGUACAUCAUAGUAUGGGAGGAUCUCGCUAAGAAUCCACCCCCCUGGAUAAAAUGCUUUAUCCCUUCUCAAGGGGGACCGGGCCCGAGACCCUCACUCCCUCCCUGCCACACUCCCCCAAUUCCCCGUCCCUCCUCUCCCUCCACCCUUUGCCCCCUAAAAUUUCCUGAAUCAAAACCUAAGGAGCCGCCUGUGCUCCCAGGGGACCAGGACAGUCUCCUUCUCUUGGACUCCUCCCCUCCCCCUUAUGCCCAACCCCCAACGCCCCGCUCGGAGGCCCCUACCUCUCCCUCCGCUCCCUCAGCUCCGUCCCCCGACUCUACGGGGGCAGAGGGGCAACCCCUCGCUUCACCCCCGCUCGCCAGUCGCCUCCGCUUUCGGCGAGAGCGCGGGGGAGAGUCGGAAGACGUCUGGACCUCCCAGGCAUUUCCCCUCCGAUCAGUAGGCGGCCAGAUGCAAUACUGGCCGUUCUCUGCCUCUGACCUUUACAACUGGAAAACUCAUAACCCCUCCUUCUCCCAAGACCCCCAGGCGCUAACCGGAUUAAUUGAGUCAAUUCUGUUGACCCACCAGCCGACCUGGGAUGACCGCCAACAGCUCCUGCAGACUCUCCUCACCACGGAGGAGAGACAGCGCGUGUACCUCGAAGCUCGCAAAAACGUCCCGGGGGCGGACGGGAGGCCGACCCAGCUGCCUAAUGAGAUUGAGGAUGUUUUCCCCUUGGUUCGCCCGACCUGGGACUACGACACUGUUGCUGGUAGGGAGCGGCUCCGUCUCUAUCGCCAGGUACUCCUAGCGGGUCUCAAAGGGGCAGGGCGUCGCCCCACCAAUUUGGCAAAGGUACGUGCUAUAGUGCAGGGAAAAGAGGAGACGCCGGCAGGUUUUCUGGAGAGGUUAAUAGAAGGCUACCGCAUGUAUACUCCCUUUGACCCCUUGGCUGAAGACCGCCAACCAGAUGUAAUUAUGUCCUUCAUUGGACAGUCGGCCUCGGAUAUUCGUAAUAAGUUACAACGGUUGGAGGGACUUCAGGGGUACACCUUACAGGACUUAGUGAAAGAGGCAGAGAAGGUUUUUAACAAGCGAGAAACUCUAGAGGAAAGGGAGGAAAGGAUCCGUAAAGAGCAAGAGGAACGGGAGGAUAAGAGAGAUAAAAGACGUAAUAAAGAGCUGACUAGGAUACUGGCCACCGUAGUACAGGGCUCAGGGCAGAGUAAGUCAGGACAGAGUAGGGACCUGGGAGACAAAAGAGGACCACGGGUUGAACGAGACCAGUGUGCCUACUGCAAGGAAAAAGGACAUUGGGUUAAAGAUUGCCCAAGGAAGGGCCAAACGCAGGGACCUAAAAAGAAGCCCAUUCCUGUUUUGUCCCUAGAAGAUGAAGAUUAGGGAUGUCAGGGCCAGGAACCCCCUGAGCCUCGGGUAACCCUUAAAGUGGGGGGACAGCCGGUGACCUUCCUGGUCGAUACGGGGGCUCAACAUUCAGUUUUAACUGAGGCAAAAGGACCCUUGAGCUCUAAAACGUCUUGGGUUCAGGGGGCAACUGGAGGCAAGUUUUAUCGAUGGACAACCGAACGGAAGGUCCACCUGAGCACUGGGCAAGUAACGCAUUCCUUCUUACUGGUCCCAGACUGCCCUUACCCUCUCCUAGGCAGAGACCUUCUUUCAAAAGUAGGGGCCCAGAUACAUUUUCAGCAAAAAGGGGCCACUAUUACUGGCGCGGGAGGGCAGCCCCUCCAGGUACUGACCUUGCGCCUAGAGGAUGAACACCGGCUGCACGAGGACUCUCCACCGUCCGUGCAGCCCCUAGAUUCUGAAUGGCUCACUAACUACCCUCAGGCCUGGGUGGAAACGGCCGGAAUGGGACUAGCUGUAAACCAGCCGCCCAUAAUUAUAAACUUAAACCCCUCGGCCACCCCCAUAUCGAUCCGGCAAUAUUCAAUGAGCAAAGAGGCCAAAGAAGGCAUUCGGCCACAUAUACAGAGACUAUUACAAUUGGGCAUUUUAAUACCUUGCCAGUCGCCCUGGAAUACUCCUCUAUUACCCGUAAAAAAACCCGGCACAGGAGAUUACCGGCCGGUACAAGAUUUACGAGACGUUACCUGGAGGACAGAGGACAUACAUCCCACGGUGCCAAAUCCCUACAAUUUGCUCAGCACCUUACCCCCAAGCCAUGUCUGGUAUACGGUGUUAGAUCUAAAAGAUGCAUUCUUUCGCCUAAGGUUAAGCUCUCAAAGCCAGCCUAUUUUUGCCUUUGAAUGGAAAGAUCCUGAGACGGGAUUCUCAGGACAACUCACUUGGACAAGGCUGCCACAGGGAUUCAAAAACUCCCCCACUUUGUUCGAUGAAGCCUUGCAUCGGGAUUUGGCAGAUUUCCGAGUUGGCCAUCCGGACCUCGUCCUCCUGCAGUACGUGGAUGAUUUGCUCCUGGCGGCUAGGACAGAACAGGAUUGUGUAAAAGGUACGGGGGCCCUGCUUGAGAGACUGGGAGAACUGGAGUAUAGGGCCUCCGCCAAAAAGGCCCAAAUAGGCCAGAGACAAGUGACCUAUCUGGGAUAUCUCCUGGAAGGAGGCCAGAGGUGGCUGACGGAGAGCCGCAAAAAGGCUGUAGCCCUGAUCCCAGCAUCCACUAAUGCCAAAGGACUACGAGAGUUCCUCGGCAGUGCUGGGUUCUGCCGCCUCUGGAUACCUGGGUUUGCGGAGAUGGUGGCUCCCCUAUAUCCUCUCACGAAAUCCAACACCCCCUACCACUGGGGAAAGGAGCAGCAAUUGGCUUUUGACAAAAUAAAAAGGGCCUUAUUGACCGCCCCUGCCCUGAGCCUCCCAGAUGUAACCAAGCCUUUUACGCUAUAUGUUGAUGAACAUAAUGGAAUAGCCAAAGGGGUCCUAACUCAAAAACUGGGACCCUGGAAGAGGCCCGUGGCAUACUUUUCAAAAAAAUUAGACAGCGUGGCUGCAGGAUGGCCCCCAUGUCUCCGAAUAAUAGCGGCUGUGGCAGUCCUGGUAAAAGACUCAGACAAGUUGACUUUUGGCCAACCCCUCACUGUGGUGGCCCCCCACGCCGUAGAGACAGUCAUCCGCCAGCCCCCUGAUCGAUGGCUCUCAAACGCCCGGGUCACCCAUUAUCAGGCCAUGUUACUGAAUUCUGAGCGGAUACAGUUUGGAACGGCUACAUCUCUAAACCCGGCCACCUUGCUUCCAGAAACCGAGUCCCCCUCCCUAGUAAUGCAUGAUUGCCACCAGAUCCUAGCUGAAGUCCAUGGCACCAGAGGGGACUUGACGGACCAGCCUUUGCCAGAUGCUGAAGCAACCUGGUACACCGAUGGGAGUAGCUUUCUACGAAAUGGUGAGCGUAAAGCCGGGGCAGCCGUGGUAGAUGGGAAAGCUGUCAUUUGGGCCAGUGCCUUAGAGCCUGGGACUUCAGCUCAAAGGGCAGAGCUUAUAGCCCUAACUCAGGCCCUAAGAAAGGCUAAGGACAAAAAGGUCAACAUUUAUACUGACAGCAGAUAUGCUUUUGCAACUGCCCAUGUUCAUGGAGAAAUAUACCGUAGAAGGGGUCUCCUAACCUCAGCAGGUAAAAACAUCAAAAACAGAGAAGAAAUACAAGAUCUUCUCCAUUCCCUCUUUCUGCCGAGAAAACUGAGUAUAAUUCACUGUCCUGGGCAUCAGCGAGGCAAUGACCCAGUAGCAGAGGGGAACAGGAUGGCCGAUGAGACAGCACGGGCCGCUGCACUAGGCCCACAGGCCCUCUCCCUACAAGUACCAGAGGCUGUCCGGACACCGGGGCAACUCUCUCUCGAGUACUCAGACAGCGACCUAGAUAUCGUCCAGCAAAUAGGGGCAAAAUAUGACGAGCAAAUGAAGGUCUGGAAACACCAAGGGAAGACGGUCCUGCCCCAGAAAAGGGCCAAAGAACUGGUGACUCACCUCCACCGAUGGACUCACCUCGGAACAAAAAAAUUAAAAGCACUCCUCCGGAGAGAAGGUCAGACCUAUUACAUUCCCAAACUCCCCUCCCUGAUCCAACAGGUAACCGACGCUUGUGUACCUUGUGCUAAGGUAAAUACCAAACACCUCAAGAUGCCUGAGGGAACCAGGAUGAGGGGAGAAAGACCCGGAACUAAUUGGGAAGUAGACUUCACCGAAAUCAAGCCAGGUAAAUAUGGUAACAAGUACCUCCUAGUGUUUAUAGAUACCUUUUCAGGCUGGACAGAAGCUUUCCCCACCAAGCGAGAAACCGCCCAGGUGGUUGUCAAGAAAAUCCUGGAAGAAAUUUUCCCCCGGUUUGGACUGCCCAAGGUAAUAGGGUCGGACAACGGCCCCGCCUUCGUCUCCCAGGUAAGUCAGUUGGUGGCCAGAUUACUGGGGAUAAAUUGGAAAUUACAUUGUGCAUACAGACCCCAGAGCUCAGGUCAGGUAGAAAGAAUGAAUAGAACAAUUAAAGAGACCCUAACUAAAUUGACAUUGGAGACUGGCACUAGAGACUGGGUCCAACUCCUCCCUAUGGUUCUGUUCCGAGUCCGGAACACUCCCGCGCGCCAUGGGCUAACUCCUUACGAGAUUCUCUAUGGAGGUCCCCCACCAGUAACGGACUUACUAGAUUCUGCUAUUGACCCUCUUGCUAACACUCCCGGUUUACAGGACAGGCUAAAGGCGCUCCAGAUUAUCCAGCACCAGAUCUGGAAACCCCUUGCGGCUGUCUACCGCCCCGGAGACACAACCGGCCCACACCCGUUCCAGAUCGGGGACUCCGUCUACGUCAGGAGACAUCAGUCCAGGACGCUUGAGCCCCGCUGGAAGGGCCCAUAUACUGUACUACUGACCACCCCAACCGCCUUAAAGGUAGACGGCAUUGCUGCUUGGGUCCACGCCUCACACGUCCAGCGCGCCCCAUCAACGAGCACCGCUGACGCCAGCCAGGACGGACCGGACGAGCCACUCCAAUGGAAGCUCCACCGCACCCAAAACCCGCUCAAGAUAAGACUUUCAAAAAUUGUUCAAUGACAGUUGUUAUAUUCCUACCUCUCCUAGCGCUCUUCACCUCCGCCAAAGGUGACCCUCAUGCCCUCAAAAGGUUAACCUGGCAGGUACUAACGUCUGGGGGUGACGAGGUCUGGUCUAUAACUAAGACCGCCCCCGUGGGAACCUGGUGGCCUGACCUAUAUCCUGACCUAUGCAAGCUAACCAUAGGGGCCCCUAGCCCAUGGGACCUAGAGGGAUACUUCGACACCUCUAGAGCCCCUAACCAAGAAAGCCCUCCAGGGCGACUGGGAUUAGACCCAUGGGGAGGAUGUGGCACGCCUGACAGAAGGGCCAUGCUAAGCACUCUUCCCUUUUAUGUCUGUCCCGGGCACCACAGAGAUCGCAGGCUAAAUCCCACCUGUGGAGGAGGGGAAUACUUCUAUUGUAAAAAUUGGGGGUGCGAAACUACUGGGGAUACAGA